AUGGGAGCCUCCGCAGCCACUUUCCUGCUGGUAUACCUGUUUCUGUCUCCGGCAGACUGCGCGAUAAAAGCCUCGGCGGCGGAAGAGGAGCGGAGCGAAGCGGGGCUCGACGGCCUCCAUGACAUGCUGGCGGACUUUGAGGUGCUGCCGGUGUCCAGCCUGCGGCAGCACUCCAUCAGAAGGAGGGAUGUCACUGUCGAUUCCCAGGUGGAGCGCCUCUUCAGCUUCACGGCUCUCAAUAGUUCCAACUGCAGCAAGAUCUCCAUCGGGAAAACUCUGAAGCUGAAGGCCCCCGUUUGCUUCCGCGAGAGGAACAGCAAGGUCUGCGGGAACUCGCGGGUGGAGGAGGGAGAGGACUGCGACCCCGGGCUGCUUCACCUGCAGCACGACCCCUGCUGCACCAGCGAAUGCAAGUUCAGGCCCCGGGUCCAGUGCAGUGACCGGAACAGCCCCUGUUGCAGAAACUGCACCUUCGAGAAAGCAGGCAAAGUCUGCCAGGAGUCCAUCAGUGCCACCUGUAAGGGGGAAUCCAAGUGUACAGGUAACAGCAGUCUGUGCCCACCUCCUGUCAACGCCCGCGACGACACCAUCUGCGUGGACAGUGGCACAUGCCGUGGAGGAGAAUGCAUCCCGUUCUGUGUGGCCAGCGAGAACCUCCUGCCCUGCGCCUGCAAUGAGACGAACAACUCAUGUAAGGUGUGCUGUCGGGACAAGGACGGCAUCUGCGCCCCUUUCGAGAAGAACGGGAAAUAUCUGUACCUGCGGAAGGGCAAACCUUGCACCGUGGGCUUCUGUGAUGAAGGCGGGAAGUGCAUGAAGCAGGUCCAGGAUGUCAUCGAACGUCUAUGGGACUUCAUCGACAAGCUGGACAUCAACACUUUCGGGAAAUUCCUGGCGGACAACAUCGUGGGCUCGGUUGUGGUGUUCUCCCUCAUCUUCUGGAUCCCCCUUAGCAUCCUAGUCCACUGCGUGGACAAAAGCCUUGACAAGGAGUACGAGGAGAACAACAAGUCGCUCUUCUACCCCAGCAACCCAGAGAUGCUGAGCAGCCUGGAGUCGGCCUCCGUACGCAUCCUGAAGCCGCCGCCUCCCGUGAUCGCCACGUCCCGCCUCCAGCCCGCCCACCAGGCCUCGGCCCCAAGCGCACUGGCCCCAAGCUCGAGCUCGGCCCCGGGCCCCGGCCCUGCCCAGGUCGCCGUCGGGCCCCGGCUGGAGCCGCCGCGAAUGGCCACCAUCCAGGAGGACCCCAGCAGCGACUCGCACCUGGACGAGGACAUGCUGGAGGAGGACUUCCAACCCAGCGGGCCCACAAAGUCCUACGAGGACCUGACGGAGCAGCAGCCGGCCCCGUCGCGCAGUGACAAGGCUCAGGUGUUCAGGCUCAAGAGGCAGCAGCGUGUCGACAGCAAGGAAACCGAGUGCUGAGCCCCCAGCCCCAGCAUUGGGGGUGGGGCAGGGAAAGGGGUGUGGUCAGAAGAUGGGUGGGGCUUAGAGGGGCAGGGCGGGACCUGCAAACAUGGCAGAAUUAAACACGAGUGAGGGUAACUGCCAGCCACAUUUCAUGUGAUAAUGAUUAGUUAAUUAGUUAAUCUUGUUUUUUUUUCCUAAGGAAAUGUGUUGUGAUGCCAAGGACACAGUCAGGGCCCUAACCCUGAGGUGCCUUUACUCUUCCAGCUGCCGCUUGUCUUGAGUGCGCUCGCAUGGUCACCAUGGCAACGUGCCAGUUUUGGCGCUGGUUCCGCAAGGCGGCUUCUGCGGAUCGCCCUUCGGUGGAGCCGCUGACAGCCGUGUUCAGGCUUUUAGAGACGCGUUUGGCCUCUUUGUUUAUCUUUGCUCUCUAGCCCAUGUUCUUAAUGUUUCUCUCUCUUUUUUUUUUUCUGGACAAGUCGGUAGGUUAACGAGUUAGUAGUUACUUGUUUAGAAGAUCAGGACUGGAGAGUGAGACCCCGUUUUCCUGAAUUAUGUUCUAUUACAUCCCCCACCCCUCCCCCCCCCCGUCAGAAGUCAUUUUUAGAAUAGUUGCCUAAAUGCUCGUGAUUCGGUUGUGGUUCCUAUCAUCCUGUGAACGCUUUUUCGCCUGGUUUUUCCCCCAGUGCGCGUGUGUCUGUUACUGGGCCAAGGUAGCGGGUUGAGCGUUGUAUUUGGUGUCAUCGACGCAGGUCACACUCUCGUGCUCGUGACAUGGUCUGUCGCCAGACAGGAGGUCUGUGCUUUGGUCCCUCAUGAAGAUGACAGCGGUGACCCGGCUCUGCAUUAAUGUGGGUCUGGGGGAAGGGUGGAGGAUUUCUGCAUGACGUCAGGCCCCCACAGAGAAGCCUUCCACUGCCACUGGAACGAGCCGCUUUUGAAACCGGUUUGAACUGGGAUAUCUACUAGAAUUAGUGGUUUAUAUAAUCUGUGAGGUAUUGCUGGAGAAGUGUUACUGCAAGAACAUGUGUAUGUCUGUCUAUCAUACUGGCAGUAAUCUGCACAAUUAAAUGAAAAGGAACUUUUUUUGGUAGCCUGAUGCUGAUAAUGACAACAAAAUGACAAAUUAGCUCGUGUUUAAUUUCUCAGUAGCAGCAUUUUCUCUGCGUUAAUCUUUCCAGCAAAAAUUGAAUCCAUUUUUGGUUUGCCAAGCUACUUUUGUGGUAAUGUGAAUAACUUAUUUAUUUAGCCAGACUGCCUUUGUGUAAUAAUGUCACUGUCUUCCUGUGUUCCCUUUAAUACUGUUAAUGCUAACGCCGUCUCGCUGGCAGUCUGCAGUAAGUGCCACCUGUCACUCGCUGUCACCUGUGACUGUUAAUCGUGGCCUUUGUAGAAAUGUCUUUAAUGGAAACACACGUUUUAUCCAGCUGUUCUGGACAAUCCUUAAUGACUUCGGUCGACUUUCAUCAGGAUGUCUAGCACUAGAAGUGGGGAAGCCGUGGUUGGGAGCGGUCUGCAGGACAGUGGCUCGAGCAGGACACCCUCCUGAUUCCUGAGUUUGGUGUGUUUGCCUGCGUCCAGCAGAGGCACCACGGUCACAAAGCACUUCAGGGUCUUUCAUGUGACUCCUUACCUGUAUGGCGCUGUAUUGUAUUCAAGAAAAGAGCCUCGAGAUAAAAUGUUUGUAUUCAGUCUUUGUCUAUUUUCAGUUUUUCACUCGAGUGGCUUUCUUAGUGUUCGCUUUUUGUACUUUUUUAAAAAUAUACUCCCCUUUCUUCCCA